UCCUCUUUGUUGAUUGAUUCAUCUACGUUCUGAACAUGUCGAGGUGCUGUCUCCAUGAGCAUCUACAGCUUGAAUGCUCCGCGUUUGCAGCAGAAGCGGGAUUUGUUCGAGCGGACGCCAGCGAACGAGUAGCUGCAACCACAAUAUCAGGGAAAUUGCCUCCGAAAUCGAAGCGUCAAAGGAUCGAGAAGGAUGCAAAAGAUUUGGCCCACUCUUAUCCUGGACCAUUAGUCUUGCCAUGGGACGACCUCAACCUUGAUCCAGAUGAUGAGCCUCAAAGCUUCAAAGAGUGGUUGAAUAUGCAAUCCAGGAAUAAACCAACCCAGGAGAGACAUACAAUAUAUGUAGUCGAAGUGCCUGAAGUUACAGACGAAGUAAGCUUCAUGUCAGGCUGGACCAAGCCAAUCUUGGCGAGCGACGAAGUGACCAACGGCAAAGACGGACCACCAAUCGAGAAGCCAGAAUUUGGGAAAGACCUGGAACCCCCCGUCGCGGAGCCUAUUAUGGACUACAUCGAGGCAUUCUACCACGGCAUUACGGUUAAGCGCUUCGAUCAACCUCUACGAUACAUAUCCGCAGAGAAGAAGCGCGAGAGAAACCCUAGAAGAUUGCCGAAAUGCAUCAAACUCGCGUAUGGUAAACGCUCAAUGGAAAUCAGCGUACGUGCAUCCCGCGACGGGGUGUUUCGGGCACAAUUGAACCUAAAUGAUAUGCUGGAUGCUGCGAUAGACAUUCUUCCGGACGACGCAUAUGCCAUUAUACUGCUCGUCGAUCACGAUAUCUACGAAGACGAAGACGAUGACUACUGCUGUGGGCGAGCAUAUGGCGGUAGUCGGAUCUGCGUUGUUCAGUCAGCGCGAUACAACCCAUUGAUAGACAACCGGGAAAAAAUCCAACACGACCACUUAUGGCCAAUGAGUCACUGCAAGCAGUAUGUUGACGAGUUGUGUGCCGAAGAAGACGUGUUGCCGAUACCCGCGAAGGCGGACUCCAGAAUUGAGUGGGGAGCCAUCAGGAAGGCAGUGCAGGCAGCUGAGAAGAUAUCACGCCCAUCCUCUGCGGAGGAGCUGCAAGCAUUGUGGUUUUCACGUGUCGCACGAACUGCCGUGCACGAACUAGGUCACUGCUUUGGUAUGGCGCACUGUGUAUAUUAUGCCUGCAACAUGCAAGGCACGGCAUCGAUGAAAGAGGACGGCCGUCAGCCACCUUAUUUCUGUCCAGUUUGUUUGACUAAGGUAUCUUUUGCCGUUGCGGUGGAACUCCAAGCUGGGGGUGAACAUCAAAGACUCGCCUAUAUCAAGGCGAGAAACGAGAAAUUGACCAGAUUCAGCGACUAUUGGAGAGACACAGCGCUCUUUGCAGGCUUCAAUGCCUGGCUGAAGGAUAUGCUUGAACACGAAGUCUAACUUUAUCCUUUAUAGCACAAUAUCAUUCUCGCGAUAACAGAAAACAGUUCAGGUUGCACUUUGAGAUCAAGUGCUAAGACAUGACGCGGGAAAGCAUAUGCUAAAAUUUGAUCGAAGGAAGAGUGGGAUCAUAUGAAUUUGAAUCUCUCGUCACUCGCAAUACUAUGAUCAUCCUUUGGUGAAGCUGUCGGGAUCCAUCAAGUUUGGC